GAAAUCAAUUGGUAGCAUCGCUUUCGAACAGAUUUGAUUGUGUAUGACAGACGCUUCUGUUGUUUGUUGUGCCGAAUGUGCUUGCGACUCAGCGAUACAUAAACUACAAUGCACAUAGUUGAGCUGUCAAUAGUUCCGUUAAGAACAUACAGAGAAAAUAAAGAAAUUUUUGAGAAUAAUAACCGUUUUUAGUCGGAUAAUCAAUUGAAUCGGAUCAAAUUUUACAAAAAACACCAUGAGACAUGUACAUGACAUUGAAAAUUGUCAGCCAACCAACACGAGUCAAACCGAUGUCGAUGAAGAAGACGAUGUUAUUUUGAUUCCAGGCCCGAAACCACCCUUCAUCAACCUUGUAUCGGAUGACGAGAGCGAAGAAACCACAUCAACCAAUAGUCAAGAGUGUGAAUCAACGGAAUCGACCACUGACAGUGAUGAUAGCGAUGACACCAAAAAUAGCGACCAAAAAAUAAUUCGAUGUGACAGCUCAUCCAGUUCAACUGAUUCGACAGACGAUUUUAUUGAAAUAACUCAUUCACGAAAUUUCGGUUUCGAAACAUUUGGAAUACUUUCCGAUGAUGAAAGUCACACUGUCACUGAAAAUGCUCCAGAGAGUGUUGUUAUUUCGAGUGACGAUGAUGAUGCAAUUUCUCCACCGUCCGAGCACAAAGACAAAUUAAAUGCCACCGUCGAAAAACCUUAUGAGGUUGAUGAUGGCAACAGUUGUAUGACUGAUUCGGUCUAUGCAAAAGAGGUUACGAGUAGAUUUAAGAUGGUGUCUGAAUUGGAUAGCAGUAGCGAAGAAGACGUUCCGAUACCGAAACGACAGCAAAAACGAAAGAAAAUCCUUGAAUCGGAUACCGUUGAGGAUGAGCUAAAAGAAUUAUCUGAACAAAACAAUCAUGUUACAACGUCAAGUUUUUUGCCUGAUUUCAUGCCAUUGUGUCCAGACAAGCCCGGAAAAUAUACACCAGCACGUUCAGCGUCGCACGUUUCGGCCGAUUCGACAACGAUCACCAAUGAAAUGGGCGACAAAACGAUUAAUCUCACACUACAGCAGUACAAGCAAUUGAUUUCCGACAAAGGCGUGCAUUUUUUGCGUAACAUUCAGCUGCAAUACAAUGUGUCGGUGCGUUUGGAAUGGGGUCAACUCGGAAUGGUAUUGAUUGUGCAUGGCACUGCAAGUAAUCAACAAGAUGUUCACAAUGCUCUGAACGAUUUCUUCGAAUCAACCGAAAAUCCACACCAUACUGCACUUGACGCACAAAUGCCAAAGAAUCGCGAUGCACUGAUCGAGUAUGUGCGCUCCAAAGUUGCCAUUUUGGAUUCGGCUAUGUGCAAUGUUGAACCUAUGGCUGAUAUGAUUCAAGGUUUAUUCGAUCGCAUUCGUCGAAAUGAAGGAAAGAAAUCAAAAGUUAGGGAAAGUAUACGUUUGCGUCAGCAUCUGAAUAUGGUAUUGUUUGGUCGCUAUGGACUUGAUCAGGGAAUGUAUCAUUUGAAUGCAUUCCAAGGAUGUUUGCGCGGCAUUACUUACGGAUACAAUCAAAAUGUGCCAUUUGAUGUACGUUUAAGACUCAGUGAACACAUGAACUACAUCUUCUCGGGUGACGAUCACAAAAACUACGAAGCUAUGAUCGACCAAAUGAAAAGACACCAUUCUUUGCCACCGUUGAUUUUGGAUCGAAAAUUGAUGGGCCUUGAGUUGAAUACAUGCCCCAGUUACUUUGAUAACACACCACAAAGAGGCAAUUUUUUCAAUUAUCCACCACCAUCGUUCCCGAACCACACUUUGAACAUAACGAAUGCAUAUCAUCGAAACAACCAAUUGAAUACACCACCGUCGCUGAUCUAAUUAGAACCUACUUCACUGUUUGACAUUCAGACUGAACCACCAUUCGAAUAUUUCCCGUUUUAAUAUGAAUCGAUGUACCGUUGAAAUCGCUUUUCAUCAAACCAAAAUUGAGUUUUGGACAGAGAUGGAAGCUUAAGCUAUUAGCUUAAGCUAUGCAAUGUAUCCAAUAUAACGUAGCUAUAAGGUUUGAUACUCGAAAACAAAACGAUCGUAAUGCCAAUAGAUUGGCAAAUUAAGCUCGAUUUAAAAUUUUAGAAAAAACAUUUUUGGAAAGAAUCGUUCAAAAAUAAUGGUUUUUAUCAAAUUUUAUUGACCGAACUUGAUCGAACUUUAAUUAAUACAAAAAAAUAUGUAAAUUUGGCUGUGGAUGCGAAGAAAAAUAGAUAUUUUAACAUUUUUUAAAGACAUGCAAAGAGUCAUAAGACAAUGUAUCCUUUUUAUAAAAAUUUAUAAGAAAAUAUAUUGAUUGCGUAGUAUUUUUAA